AUGAAGUCCUUCUCCAGUUCUGCAAUCAAUAAAACCGGCAAGAAAUUCGCUCCGAAGGCGCCUAUCCGCCGUGCGCCCGCCGCCGCGCCCGCGAGACGACCUAGUGUUGCCCAACCGUCACCAGCUGAGCCCGUUCAGGAAGAUAAAGCUAAAGAUGUAGCUUCCUCUGAUCUGACGCCCUCUGUGGAUGCAGAACAGGAGCCGCGGGCAGUCACAGCAUCCUCACCUGCGUCGGUAGCUGCGCCUAUCACGGAACAAACGCCCAUUGCUUUGAACGCUGCAGUCACUCCUUCGAUUACUACUACUGCUGCUAUCACCGCUCCCAUCGUUACACAGACUGUCACACCUACUGCUACACCCAUCGCAAAGCCGACUCCGAUCCCUAAGCCGACUACAAUCUCAAAGCCGACUCAAAUUCCUAAGCCAGCUGCGAUUCCUCUCCCACAGAAACGCAAAGCCUCUAUCUCUAUCUCGCAACCCGCGCCUGUCUUGACUGCUCCACCUACCCCUCCUUCCACCCAGCCGACCCCACCUCCCGCAAAUGUCCCGACUAGUGAGGCUCAACCUGUAUCUGAGGAUCAUGGACCAGAGAACGCUCUUUUAGAGUACGCUAGGAUUGAAACAGCGCGGGCCGCAGAAACCCUUGUCGAUUCAAAUGAAGCUCUGCCGCAAUCUCAACCAGAAACUGGACAAGCUGCCCCAGUCGAGGGUCGACCAGCAAAACGCGCUCGAACUUUAUCAACUACAGUCACUGCGGUCCCAGCUCGAAAGGAGUCCGUAUCCGUAGGGGCAAGUCGUCGAGGCUCUCAGUCAAUCGUGCCUACCAUCGAAGAUUCAAGUGCAACGGCCGGUGAAUCCAACCUUUCGACUCCCGAUCCAACCAAGCCAAGGAAACGAAAGUACUCAAAGACCGGUACCUCUGAUCCUGAGGGUAGUGAGAAACCAAAGCGCACCCGCAAGAAGCGCGAACCAACCCCGGAUGGCGCAGAAACAGUAGAAAUUUUGCCGAAUGUUGUGAAAAUGUCCGAACUUUGCAAAGAUCUUAGAACUGGAAAGAAGUCCAAACGCGAGACAGAGCUACGCAAGAUUGAUAAGGCCGAAGAAGAACGGAAGAAGCAGGGCGGAACCCCUGGGCCGGGAACAGGAACGCCCGUCAAGCAGACUGAGCCUGAACAAGAGAAAACCGAACAGCCAGUCGACUGGAAACCCCAAAGUGGCCCUAUAAUGCGAAUCGUUAACGGUGAGAUCGUGCUGGAUAAUACGUCCUUGCAGGUCGAUCGUCAUGCGGAUGCUGCCAGAGCCGCCGGUGACCUCGAAGAUGUGGUGGAAAGCUCAUUCACCCGGAAGAUUAAUCAGGCCUCGUACGGCAAACGUACAAAGACGGAAGCGUGGGAUGAAGAUAUGACAGAACUGUUUUAUCGCGGUCUCCGCAUGUUCGGUACCGAUUUCAUGGUUAUCAGCAAAAUGUUCCCGGGUCGCUCUCGUCGUCAGAUCAAGUUAAAGUUUAACAAUGAAGAACGCCGUGAUCCGCAACGAAUCAAAGACACCUUGAUGGGACCUUCUGAGACUAUCGACAUCGCAACAUACUCAGAGAUGACCAACACUGUUUACGAUGAUCCCAAGCUUGUCCAGCAGGAACUUGACGAUGAAAAGAAGCGGAUUGAGGACCAGCACGCUAAGGAGAAGGAAAUGCAAGAGGAAAUGCUGCGCAACCCGACUAGCGAUUCCAAGGAUGUCAAGAACGACAACACGACCGUGAAGAAGUCGCGCAAGAAGGCGGGUGUGAAGAACCAGGGAGGCGGUACAGAGGAGGUUCUGGGAUCAAUCGAUGACUUUCCCACGGCUUAA